GUGUAGUGAACUAGGAUAUUAUGCCUUUGAUUGCUUAUUCAAAAGACCACAAGAUGAGAACCCAAAAUAUCAGAUCAUGAAGUGCCCUGAUAACAAGAACAAAGAACAAAAUCAUAAUAUAAACCUAAUUGAUAUAGAAAAUGAAGAUGAU